AAGGAGUAAUAAUUAACAGCUUCUUGGGCUCGAUGAUCAUCCGUCGGAGGGGCAUUGCCAGGCGCAGAGCCGAGCCGCUCCGGCUCCGUGUGCCUCCCCUCCUCCCGCGUUUGGCUCCCACCUCCACCGGCACCUCCACCUCCACCUCCCGGACAGGUGAGCGAGCACCGACUCUCCGACGCUGCUCAGAGUUGGCGACUGAGCAAGGGGAACAAACUCUCCGGAGCAGGUUCAGCGCAGUAACUACGGUUAAAAUUCCCCUCCUGUUCGCAGUGUGUCCUCCCAUGAUCUCAGAAAGGGGGAAGAGAUGACCAUGAUGGCUCACCAGUCCCCCUCCUGGAUCUUCAUCAACGAGAGGACGUUCAUUACCAGGGAACAACUUAAUUCUUUAUUGAAGACCUAUAACAUCUUUUAUAAGAACCAGAAAAACCUGCAUAUUGUAUAUGGACAGACUGAAGAUGGCAAACUAAUUGUUGAAGGAAUGUUGGACAUUUUCUGGGGAGUAAAACGGCCUAUACAGCUGAAAAUACAAGAUGAGAAGCAAAUCCCUUCUUUCACUGUGCUCAAGUCACCAGACGUCUUUUCCAAAAGGGGAAUGACACGCUGGGGAGAAUUUGAUGAUCUUUACCGUAUUAGUGAUUUGGACAGGACCCAGAUUCCAGUGUCUGAAGUAACAGGUUCCCAGGAAGAUUAUUCAUCUUAUCACAGUAGCACUCUGAAGCCUCCUGCAGGUAAAGAGCCAGAAUCCCCCUUGCUCUACAGAACCAUGAGCGAAGCAACCCUGGUGAGAAAAAGGAUGAAGCCCCCGAUGUUGGACAGAAAAGACAGACAGACGCAUCGGGCCUCUAUUAACGGACAUUUUUAUAACCAUGAAACAUCAAUUUUUACUCCAGCCUUUGGAUCAGAAACUAAGGUCAGAAUAAACAGUGAUAUGAGAACUGAAGAAGUAAUAAAGCAAAUUCUCCAAAAAUUUAAGAUUGAAAACAGUGCCCAGGAUUUUGCACUUUACAUAAUUUUUGCAACAGGAGAGCAGAAGAGGCUGAAGAAGACAGACAUUCCACUACUGCAUAGACUCCUACAGGGGCCUUCCAAAGAGAAUGCUCGCAUUUUCCUCAUGGAUAAAGAUGCAGAAGAAAUUAGCAGCGAUGUGGCUCAGUACAUUAAUUUUCAUUUUUCUCUCCUGGAAUCCAUCCUUCAAAGAUUAAAUGAAGAAGAGAAAAGAGAGAUUCAAAGAACAAUAGCAAAAUUCAGUACAGAAAAGGCAAUCAUACUGAAAUGUCUUCAAAGUAAAGGGGUAAUAAAAACAGAAACAACAGUUUAGCAGUACACGUCACUUUUGCUAAAACUAACAAAAUUGGAAUGGUGUUACUAUUUGAGUGCAUAAAUUCUAUGCUUGCAUUCAUACAAAUACAUAUAAACUCGAAUCUGUAGAAAACUGAAUGUCAAAAAAACCUGUCUCUCUUUGAAGUGAUGAGGUUGACUAGGGUUCACAGUUGGACUGAAAGGAACUUGAAUUUAGUUUCAGUAACUGAAAUAAGCUUGGAUACUAUGUAUUCCAAACAAGUUUUUAUAGUGAAACCCUCAAUGAACUCAAAUUUCAAUGGCAUCUUCAGGUAGCACGCAGCUUAGACUUCUUUUAGCUUCAACUGUCAAGAGAACUAAAAUAUCAUCGACCAACUCUUGAAAGCAAUUCAGAAGUAAAAGCUGCCAGCUCUUGAGAUAAAAAAAAGCAGCCCCCUCACCUCACCAAGGAAUCUGGUGGUGAUGGUGUUUCACAGCUCCUUGAAAACUCUAGCCUUUUCAUAAAAUCUAGGGCUUUCUUUAUGUGGGUAGGUGACUUUGGGUUAUCUGUAACAUCAGAGCUGUCUAUCUUUUGGGAUGGAAAAGACUAUGGCUCUUGUUAAGAAAUCUAAAUUGUAAUUUUCUCAACCUGAGCCUUUCUUUUUUUUCCUCUGUUCUACUGAUGACUUUCAAAACUGCCUUUAAGCUUUUUUUUUUUUUUUGUCAGUUGAAGUAGUUUUCUUUUUUUUUUUUUCCCCAAAUAAACAUACCUCAGAGAUUUACUGUGUCUCAUCAGCUAGUCUAAGACGUGGCCCAUAAUAACCAUUUGUUGCUGAAUGCAUGCAGGUGAUGCCGAGCUGUGGUAACUGAAGAUAGGCAGGGAAUCUGGAGCUUGGCCCUCUCCCUCCAAGGCAACUCAUUCUACAAGACAGCGUUCAAGGUACUUCAAGUCUGCUUAGCCAAUCUGAAAAAGCACUGAGAAUGCCACCAGUCAUCAUCUACUUCCUUAUUUAUGAGCUCUAUAUUAAAAUGGAGUUUUAUGCAUCUUUCUUCCACUCUCAAAACUAUUUCCACUUGCAUUCCUCAUAAGCCUUGGGUUAAAUUGAUUGCAUUACACAUACCACAAGGCAUAAGGUUGUAGGCAAUAAAUCUAGUUGGAAGAUCAAUUAUCAAAAUAUGAAACAUGUUUAAGACAAAGGCAUUACUUCUCAGGGUCACCUAAACCUAAGCCGGAUGAAAGUAAAAGUAUGCUAUGGCCUUUUCAGUCCUAGGAAAUCUUCUUUCUUGAGUGAAACAGAAGUUUGCAUCUUUAUUCUGCCAUCUAUCAGUUAAUAAGAAAGUAAUCUCAUCUAGCUAAAAUAAGGCAAAUGUAAUAGUUAAAAUUCAUUAAACUUACUUAAAGUAGUGUCAAAUAUCUGCCACAAACAUGACAAAAGAUUCAUCUUUAACAUGUUGAAAGUCUACAAAAGAAAAAUACUAAGUCUGGAAAGAAAAAAAUUUUAAAAUAAAUAAGACAGAUGACAUGAAAAGUAAAAUCACAGAAGAAAUGCAAAUGGCUACUAAGUAUGUGAAAAAAAGUUGUAUCUUAAUCGUGAUCAGUUAUAUUAGUCCUUGUCUAAUCAGGAGAUAGAAACCACACAGUCAUUUAAAUAGGGGAAGUUUAACAUAAGGAAUUAUUUAGCUGUGAUGAUAGGAGAGUAACUGUAAAGAUGGAAAGAGACCGUUAAAGGGCACCCUAAGGCUAAGGGAAGAAUACCCAGCAAAGGAAAAGCUUGGGGAGGGGCUCAGAAUUCACCGGAGAAGCCGCGGUUGCAGCCCACUGGAGGGAGGCGGCCCCCGCCGGUUGCCCAGGACACAGCAGGGCCACAGUUAUAGGACAAGCAGGAACAACAGGGGUCAGGGCCAGGUGGGCAGGUGCGCAGCGGGGCUUGGGCCUUCUCUGCAGGCACAAGGCCCAGAUCACGUAGUGUCUGUGUCUGAAGGUCUGCAAGAAACAAAGCCUGGGGGCACAGGUCAGCCGAGGCUGAAGGGAAGGCACACAGGUGGAGUCAGGGGUGCUGCUGCCCAUGUCGCGAGGCCUGGGAUCUGCAGGGGCCUCCUUUGCAGGGACCUAGUACAACUCUGUGUAGGCCUUAGGCUGUGGCAUCUUUGAGGCUGCAUGGGACAAAGGUCAGGCAGGUGGCUUAUCAGAUGUCCAGCCCCACAGGGCCCUCUCUGGGAGCAUGCACCAAGUUGAGAAGGUGUGGAGACAAAUGAUCUGAGCCAGGGCGCAGACCUGCAAUGGGGCUCCAGGCUGUGCCACCACAAACAAAAUCGAAAGCUGGAAAAGGGGUUGGAGGAACAAACACUAAAGAAAGCUGCACCCUACAGGCAACUAGCACUGGAGAAACCACUCUGGGCAGAGCAGUAGAGGAAGAAAAUCAGCUUCCCAGUGAACCUAGCCAGCCAGCUCCUAGGAACUGGGAAAGAGCAACCACCUCCCGCAGUGUUUCUCCAGCGCCCUCUACCGACAAAGCAUGACAUGUAAACUGCAAGGAAAACGUUUAAAGGCUCCACAUCCGUUUUCACAAAGCCAACAGCAAAGAGUAAAUUUGGAGCAGAGAGGCAAUAAAAUAACUGGCCUGUUAACAAAACACAAAGUAAAUAAAACUGAAAUAUACUGUUCUGUCUACUAGACAAGAUUAAGAAAUGAUAAUAUUAAAUACUCAACGAAUUGCAUUGAGAUGGGCAAUUAAACUACUGGUAGAAAUACAAAUGGAUAUAAUUUUCCUUGAAAGCAGUUUAGUAAAUUCAGCCUACAAUUCUACUUGUAGGAUCUUACAUGGAAAUAAUCAGAUAUACAAAGACACUAUGUAAAGAUCAUUAUUUACUGUGAUUAAAGGAAGUAAAUAGCCUAAUGUUUAAAAAUAGAAAAAAAAAAAAGAUUAAAGGAAAGAAACAUUUACCCGUAGAGUAUUAUGCAGCCCUUAGGAUUAUUGUCUAAUAAAUUUUAAUUAUAAAAGUAAAUUCUGCUUAUGUAUCUAGGUAAGAAUAUAUACACAAAUAUUCAAUAAUUAUCCAUAAGAUAUAUAGAUAUAUUUAUAUGUGUGUGCAUAAUAUCACUUGUACAUACACCCUACCAACCAAAACCAAGUGUGUUUAUGUCUGGUUUGUAGAAUUAUGGGUGAUUCAUGUUUUGUAUUUUUUCUAUACUUAACUAAAUAUUCUAUAAUGAACAUGUAUUACUUUUUAAACCAGAAAAUAGAAAAUUUAUGAUUAAAAGAGGAAAGCAGAAGUGACAGAGUGUGACUUUGGACUAGAUCAUAAAAGUCCUUGUGUCCUCCUUGCUUGCUCUCUUGGAUUGUCUGCUGUGGGGAAAGCCAACUGCCACAUCCAGAGCAGCCUUGGGGAAAGGCCUGUAUAACAGCAACUGAGGCCUGCCAAAAGCCAACUAGAAACUGAGGCUUCCCAACUGUAACUGUGUAAGUGGGCCAGCUGCUAGCCCCAGUCAAGCCUUCAGAUGACUGCAGCCUGUCUAAUAGCUUGACUGCAACCUCAUGAGAGACCUUGAGCCAGAAAACCCAGCUAAGCUGCUCCUGAAUUCCUGACCCUCCCAAAAUGUGUGAGAUAAGAGAUGUUUAAAAGAAGGAGGAGGAGGAGGAGGAAGAGGAGAAGGGGGAGAAGGAGAAGGAGAAGGAGUGGGAAGAGGAGGAUGCGGAGGGAGGAAGAGGAGGAGAAGAAAUGUUUGUUAUAACAUGCUGCUACAUUUUAGGAUAAUUUGUUACACAGCAAUAGGUAACUGAUAUAAUUUCUGAGACAAAUCUGCUCACUUCAGAGUCAUCUUUGCAUAAUACAAGAAAAUAAACUUUGUCACAAAGCCAUUCAUCUUUGUUUUAGGUGGUCCAAAUAUUUCACUACCAGUUACAUACUAGUUCAAACUGUAGAUAAUAUGUUAUAUUUAUUAAUGGUAGAAGAUCUGUCACUUCAUCUUUGUGUACUUCGCCAAACUUAAUAUUGUGUCUUGUGUAUGGGUUGUGCUCGAUAAAAAUCAGUUUGAAUAAAGGACUGAAUGAGUUAGUGAAUCAAUGAAUAAAAGAAUGAGCAAAUAAAUUAUCUGUAAUAUUUUCAUAAAAUCCCCUGUAUAUAUCUCCUUUUUCACAAAUCUGAUCCAGUUGCUAAAUAAAUAGAGAAUCUUUCGUAUA